AAUCAAUGGCGCCCUGAAGGUGAAGCUCACCGUGGGUGUAGAAAUGAGAAGGAGGGCCUUUUGGUGUUUCUGCCUGCUUUGCACGCCUGGAGGGGGCAGGGGCUGGUGGGAAUCCUAGUCCGUGGAGAGCCAGAGUUGGAUACCCCGGUUUAGAGAUAACUGCCAUUCAAAGGCAGUGCCAGCCUUUUUGAUGUCCCGGCGUUAGCCUCAAGACGAAGACUGCCACGUCAUAGUUUUCGGCUCCCGAUUUUGGUCUCGGGGGCUCUCCCCCUCUUACCCCCUUUCUUUGAGGCAAGAUGGUGCGCAAGCUGAAAUUCCAUGAGCAGAAGCUGCUGAAGAAGCUCGACCUGGUGAACUGGGAGGCUGCCUCGGGGAACUUGGCCGAGCUGCGCAUCCUGCGGCGCUAUCGCUUGCAGCGCCGGGAAGACUACACGCGCUACAACCAGCUGAGCCGGGCCGUGCGGGAGCUGGCCCGCCGUAUCAGGGACCUGGGCGAGGCUCCCGAGUCGGCGGCCUUCCGGGCACGCAGUACGACUGCCCUCUUGGAGAAGCUCUACGCCCUGGGGCUGGUGAUCUCCAAGCACUCCCUGGAACAGUGCGAGCGCGUCUCAGCCUCCUCCUUCUGCCGCCGCCGCCUGCCCUCGCUGCUCCUCAAGCUCCGCAUGGCCCAGCACAUGAAGGCCGCCGUCACCUUCGUGGAACAGGGGCAUGUGCGGGUGGGGCCCGAGGUGGUGACCGACCCAGCCUUCCUGGUCACCCGUGCCAUGGAGGACUUCAUCACCUGGACCGACUCCUCCCGCAUCCGCCAGCACGUGCUGGACUACAACCAGGAGAGGGACGACUUCGACCUGGCCUGCUAAGAGAGGCCCGCCGCUUCCGACCUUCCCCGUUUGUCGCCCCGCAGUUGAUCCAAACUUAGUCCCACCAGCCCCAACCUUUCUCCUGCUCUUAGCUGGGCUUGCUGUGGUUUUAUAUGGAUCAUUGAUAAUAUGGGGUGGAAACGGCGCCCCUUUAUUUUAUGUACCAUUCACCCUGCCCCCCUGGCUUCUUACUGCCCUUCCUGAGGGCAAAAGGAGCCGAGAGACAUAAUGCAAGCCACGUUUCUGAAUCACGUGUCUAGAGGGCACCCCUUUCUCUUGUAUAAGACAAAGGGUUGUAAAAAAAAUACAGAUAGUCUACAGCUCUACCUGUUAUUGAUAUCCACCAGAGGAAAGUGAUGAAGAAAGGGCAAAAAAGGAUUCUCAGAAAUGACAGGGGCCAAGAUGUUAUCGUUGCCCUCUUGAGGGACCACACUCUUGUGGUCUAGCAUUUAAGUAAAACUGGAUUUGAUAGAUACAUCACGUGAACAUGGCUGCCUUUGGGGCACCCGCUGUCCAAUUGAGAUUGGUUAUGGAGUCUUCCAGAUCUGCCACGUUGGUGCGCGUGGGGAAAUUCUGUUAGUACUACAACACCGGUUUUGGGUGCCAAAGAUCCGUGGCCCUGCCUGGGAAUCUUCAAUAAAAUUGCAGGUGGAGCAGGAGUCGAGAUCUGAUAUUAAGGGCUCUCGGUUGCUUUAUGCACAAAAUGCCAGGCAGGUUGGAAUAAAGAGGUGCCGUUUGGCUCUGAUUUCAGAGCGGACCAGUGACUGCCUCCAGAUGAGAACCUCUGGAAGCCAGGAGCGUUCUGUGCAGUGUUGAAGAAACAUUUUGCCCGCAGAAGCUGCCUUUAUCCAUCCUUCCCAGAAUGCUACAGGUACAACCCAGUGUUAGCUCCAUUCAGCACCAGUCUGCUCAGAUCUGUUUACGUUCUACCCAGGAGGUAAAAAAAGAAGCAUCAAGGGGCCCGAGUUGAAUUAUUUUUCUCUACCCACCUUUUCUACGUUCCAGAAAACUUGAAAAGCAUGUGUAUUAUUUUGGUUGGUUCCAAUAAAAAUGUUAUUACACA